AUGAACUUUGAUUCUGAUUUGUUCCAAAAAUGGCUGUUCACUAGAAGAGUUAAAAACGUAAAUUGCAUUGGUUCACCCGUUUCUGAAAAUGGUGCUGGUGGUAGAGAAGAUAUUCCAAAUGAAAUCGAAGAAUUGAAAAAAAUAUAUGAUGUGUUAUAUAUGAAAGAUGUUAGAGAUGUGAAGACUGAAUUCAGUGAUUUGACUGUAGCUUCUGCAAUGGAAUAUCAAAAUAAUUUAGCAAACCUUUCAGUAUCUUCCAAUUUUAAAGCAAAUAAUAACGAAUUGUAUGAUGAAUUUAUUAAGAGAGUGAAAAGAGAGAAGGUUAAUAGAGAACCUGUUCUUUGUAAAUCAAGAAUUCAGGAUCCCGCAAUGUUAUUAUUGCCUCCAAAUGAAAGAUUAUUGGUUGAAGACUUAGAAAAUGAUAUUUCAGAAAUGCCUGGUGCACUCGAUAUAAUAAACGUUUAUGGCAAUACCUUUUGUUGUUAUAAAAACUGGUGUUUUACUGCAAUCAAAGGAAAAAUUUCAAUACACAAUAUAGAUGAAUUAACCGAUGGAAAACAUAUUUCAACUACCAUUGAUUUAAAUAAAUUUUAUCAAUCAAAUAAUUUUAAUGAGCUUUACUCUUCUUUAGGGAUGUCUCGAUAUGCUCCAAUGAAAAGGAACGAUGAGUUAGAUUUAGAUAUUGACAUGGAUAUUGACAAUGAAUUGAAUGAACAUAUAACAUUUAUGAAAAUCUCAAAAUUAAUGGAUAUUGAUGUUCUGUGUGUGACCACUGAAUUAUCACAUGCAUUCAUCAUUAGUAUUCAAGAUAUAUUAGAACAAACUAACAUUAAUAACAAAUCAAAUAAGCUAUGCAAUUUCUCAUCUGAUAUAAAACCAGAAAAUUUAAAUAUAUGGAUAUUCAAAGUAAGUGAGAGUUGUUGGAGUAUCGAUAUUUUUGAUAAUUUAUCUGAUGGAAUGGCAUUUAUAGCUAUUGGGCAUAAUAAACCAGGUAUUACGAUUUUUUCAAUUCCAUUUGAGAAAUUAAAGAGAAACUAUAGACCUAGUGUCGAGUACUCUAAAUCUAGAAAAAUUAAUGUUCAAGAAAUCUUAUGUGGUCAUAAUAUUCCGUCUCUUAAAUUUCUCCCUGAGCAGGUUGACUCUAAUGGUAAUAUCCUAUUAGUAUUUGCAUCAAUUUUUGGUAACGUUGCUACAAUGAAAAUAAAACUAGAUAAAGAUUUUAAUAAAAUAGUGUGCAAUAUACAUGAUUACCAAUUGUUUGAUGAAUAUUGUUGGAAUAUUAUUAAUCUAAAAAGAACUGAUUUUUUGAAGGUAUCAAAAUUUGAAUUUUUAACUCUAAAUUAUCAAAACAAUUAUAAAAAAUCUAUUAUAAGUUCUAUUUAUCAAGAUAGUACUUUAUUUGGUCUUGUACCAGAAAGUGUCCUUGUAUCAGAUGACUUAGGAAUCGGUACUUUAACCACGCAAAUAUCGGUUCCUUUGUCAAAUAUAUCACAUAGAAGAACAGAUUACAUUGAUUCUGAUAUAAAAUUACGGUAUACUUGUUUUGAUGAUGACAAUUCGAUAAUAGAGGGUACUUUAAAACCUGAGAUAGCAUUGACAUAUGAUCCAUUAAGCGAGUACUAUGACUACAAUUAUGAUAAUAGUUUAACCUGGGAUGAUAAAGUGAAAUAUUCAACAAGAAUACAGUCACUUUGUCAUUAUCAUCCGUUUAUGGAUUACUCUAAGUUUGAUUUUGGCAGUAACUUCAAUCAAACAUUUGAAAAAUGGAUUAUUUCAAACGAGAAGUUAGAUGAUAAUAAUAGAAAUGGUAAUGGAAAAACAGAGUCUAAUUAUUUACUUGAAUAUGCUUUCACCUUUACUGAUGGAAAUGCUGAAGCAAAUUUAGGUCGUUCUCAAAAAUUGAAAUUAUGUCAAGAAAUGAUUGAGGAUAAUAAAUAUGAAAACAAUAAGCCUAGUCAAUUAUUGUACAUAUCAAAUGAUUGGUAUGAAAGCUCUGAUGAUGAAAAUCAUAUUGAUAUUACGACACGCUUACCAAAUGAACUCAUAAAGAACAAAAACUCUCAGAAAGAAAUUCAAAUAGAUAGCCAUGCAAAGAAAGUUAAGAAACUAUUAUUCGAGCUUAUAGAUAAAGAAAAAUCUUUAAUUUCUUUAAGAGGAUACGAAUUGAAAGAAUACGACGAUGAUUUCCUUCUAGUCACUACCAAGAAUAAAAUAUAUUUAACCAAAUUGCACCCUCUAAUUAUAACUUCUUUUACAACUGAUGAUAUAUUUCCAAUAAGUGAUAUGUCAUUUUGUGAAUACAAAGAGAUAUUUCAAGCCAUCCAUGGCAUUAAGUACGUGGUACAUUUGAAGGAGGUCAAUGCAGUAGCAGUAGCAUCAUCUGCGGGGCUGAUUUCUAUAUUGAGGCUUACUGAAUUUAAAGGCUUGUACUCUUUUAGACAGGAAUAUAUAAUGGGUUGGGAGGUUCAAGAUCCAAGGACGAUGGAUCGAACCAAUUUUUACUGCAUACUGGAAACAAUAUUGAGAGAUGGAUACAGCAAUAGGUAUUACUGUAUGACUGACGAUUUGCAUUUACCUUUCAGGAACAUAUUAGGUAUGGAUUAUAGGUAUAUGCCAGGAAAUAAAAUAGAGGACUACGAACCAUAUGUGAUAUUAUAUGUAUAUUACGAAAGUUAUAUUCACCGGUUCAAAAUCUCCGUCAAUAGCGAAUCUAACAUCCCUAUCUAG